CUGUAACGAGUGUUUGAUCGAUCGGAAGCUUUGAGACGAGUAACGUUUAUUCCUCGGGUUUAGGGUUUCUUGGUUGUUUUCUGACUUCCCCUUCCGUAGAGCCUGCUGUUGACCGUGAGGAAUUUGCUUCGCGUGAAUUUGCAGGCGCCAGAUUUAUCGAGCCCGACUGAACAAAGUUGAUAGGCAAGCUAGCUAGCUAGCCACCUAGCUAACUCUUAGCUAGCUUACUUGCUAACUAGCUUGCAGUGCUGGUCGGGGGAGCCAAUUUUUGCAGACAGUUUUGGGGGAGUCGUUUUGUCACUCUCCUGCAACUGGUCGCGGCUAUUUCCCCUGAAAUCGGAAGACUAUUUGCGGAGAGGUUUAGAGCGGUAAGCCGGUUGUUCCUAGCUAGCGUGCUCGAUAUAGCCUGCUAGCUAAUACCCUGCGUAUUUAGCCUGGAAGCCAAUUCAAGGCCUCAGUCCAACAUCACCAUCAGCUGCCACUACCACCAUAGUAUUUGCAUUGCCGUGCAGUGAGAGUUGACAGCUUACUUGGUGACACAGAGACUUCUCCCUGAGGAGCCAAGAAGCAGACGGCUCAUGACUUCUGACCAGGACACGAAAGUUGUAGCUGAACCACAGGUGCAGCAAGUACAAGAGGCAAAAGAGAACUCUCAUUUGGAAUCCGCCAAGGUUUCAGACCUCAACCCCAAUGCGAAAGCAUGGGCCAACCACAUGUUUAGCCUGGACCCCAGCGGGAGUGCUGACACCACAACUGCUGCCCUGCAGCCAUGGAAAGAAGGCUGCGAUAGUUCAGCCGACCCUGGCCCAGAAGGCUAUGAAGCCAGUGAAGACAAAGCUUGCAAGGAGCCUCUACUAACGGACCCAGAUGAGCCUCCACCAGUACCAGUAAUGCUGGCCGAGCCGGCCCCGGUGGCCCCCGUCACCCUGGAGUGCUCUGAGCCAGCCUACACAGAAUACCCUGAGCCUGGGCAACCAGGGCGCACAGGCAGUGAUUCCCAGCAAGAGAAUCCCCAGGAGGGCUUGAGGGAGCACCUGAAGAAGACCUUGGAGUUCUGUCUCUCCCGGGAGAAUCUGGCCAGUGACAUGUACCUCAUCUCCCAGAUGGACAGCGACCAAUAUGUGCCAAUUGUGACGGUGGCCAACCUGGACCACGUCAAAAAGCUCAGCACUGACGUGGAGCUGAUCGUUGACAUUUUACGAUCUCUGCCAUUGGUCCAAGUGGAUGAGAAGGGGGAGAAGGUGCGACCCAAUCAGAACCGCUGCAUCGUGAUCCUCAGAGAGGUUCCUGAGAGCACACCUGUAGAGGAGGUUGAGGCUCUUUUUAAAGGGGACAACUUACCCAAGUUCAUCAACUGUGAAUUUGCCUACAACGACAACUGGUUCAUCACAUUUGAAUCAGAAGCAGAUGCACAGCAGGCAUAUCAGUAUCUACGUGAGGAGGUGAAGACCUUCCAAGGGAAGCCUAUAAAGGCGAGGAUAAAGGCGAAGGCAAUCGCUAUCAACACUUUCAUGCCAAAGAACGGUUACCGGCCGGUGGAGGUGAACCCGUACGCCCAGCAGCGCUACACGUCCUACUUCAUCCCGCCGGUUUACAGCCCCCAGCAGCAGUUCCCCUUAUACAGCCUCAUCACGCCGCAGGCCUGGUCCGCCACGCACAGCUUCAUCGACCCCACACUGGUUGCACCAUUUCACAACAACCAGUUCAUCAAUGGAUUUACCACAUCACACAGUUUUAAACCAGCGACGUCCCCCCUCACUGUCAGACACUACUCGCCGAGGAACAGGAAUCACAGUAAACCUCACCUGAGGCCAACCAUCCCCACAGCGGACCGCAGCACUGGGCUUCUGGACAACCCGGGCCUCUUUCCCAGCUUCCCCAGCGAGAGACUCAACGGGGUUCGCAGCAGUCCCCCCACGCGACUCCCCACCAGCCAGCCCAGAACCAGGUUACCCUCCACCUCCGCCUUCCCACGCAGGGACACGGUGGGCACGGGACGAGUAACUGAGCCCUCGACCACAGAUUACCCUCUGGGUGUCGGCAGAGGAAGGAAAAAUGUUUCUGCUUCUAGGAAAAAGAGGGACGAAAAGUUUACAAGAGUGACGCCUCAGUCGCCGCCGCCUCCUCCCAAACCCCCAUCUCCGAGCUUCGAGCUGGGUCUCUCCAGCUUCCCUCCCCUGCCGGGAGCAGCCGGCCAGCUCAAGACGGACGAUGUGUUCGACAACCGGCUGGCCAGCAGCGUCGUUGUUGGAACCACAAAGGAACGGAAUGUAAGUGCUGAUUCCAGUACUGGAGGAGGUCUCUCUCCGGCGGGCCCCAAAGAGCCGCUUCGGUCCUCCGCCUCCCCAAUGCCCACAAGCUUCCAGCCUUCGCCAACCGCCUCGACCCCGGCCUCAGCCUCAGCCCCGACCCUGACCCCAGCCGCCGGCCCACCGCACAGUCCCGCUCCCUCCCUCCCAGCAACGGAGGUGAAGGUGACGGAGGUGAAGCCGAAGGAGGCGCAGUUGUCAGUGGAGCGAGUUCCUGGCACUUUGUCCACUGCAAGCAAAUCCGUGCAAGUCAACGGUGCUGCAACGGAGCAGAGGAAGCCCUCCUACGCUGAGAUCUGCCAGCGGGUGAAGGAUGCACCGACAUUACAGCAACCACCGACCCCCAAGGAAGCCAAGCCAGCCUGCGCUGCCCCCACAGGCGAGGAGAGGAAGUGCCCCGAUGCCUCCAUCCCGGCAGGGGAGGCCAAGGCCAGAGAGACACACCCCCCCUCCUCUAAACCUGGCACGGCCACCCCAGGCAGACCCCCGAGGGAUGCCCGAAGGCCGGCCGGGCGGUGGGCCUCCCCGCCCCCACACCCAGGGAAAACCCCCAGCAAAGAUCCCCACCACACCCCACCCAAGUCCCCGCAGUAGGGCGACUCCCUGUGUCCUCCAACCCCUCCCACUACGCUCCAGAGAUGCGUUCAAAAAAAGGAAUUAUAAGUCAGGGCUACUCAAUACUUCUAUCCCAGAAUCAGCAGUCACAAACGAGCAUAGAGGACGCCUUCUUUUCUGGAUCAGGGCUUGCAGACAAAAAGCACUUUACUGUGCAUGUAGAGCACCGUUUCAUUCUUUUUAUUCUAUUUAUUUGCUUUUUUUUAAUUUCAGUUUUAUUUCUCCUUUUCUCUUUUUGCAUUACGUAGUUGUGUCAGCCUAUAAGUUGGCACAGACAACACUGAAAUUUAUUCAUUCUGUCCAAAUGGCCUUGUGGGAUAAAAUUAGUCUUGUGUGCGAAGCAGCAGGGCAUUGUUGGAAGCCACCCCAGUGGAUGAUGGGAAAGAGUGCAUACAACAGACUCCACCUUGUUUGGCUCUCACAGUGAGGGGUUUGUUUGCAUGUUGAGUGGCACUGUUGUGCAACUUUAUGUAGCUUAAUUAUGGGUUAUAAUUAGCAGAUAUGUUUUUUAAUACAUACUCACAUCCAUAUGCAAGACUUAACAUCUAAAUCUCAUCACAACAACUCGGAUCCUUUGGUUUACAUGGCCUCAAAGUGAAUUUUUCUCUUUGCAGAUUUAUUUACACUAUGCGACUUUGUUGAUAAUGUGUUUUUUUCUGUCAGCAGCUCAUCUUUGUUUGUCGACCAUCGGUACAGUUACUGCUGGUUUCUUCCUCUGAUCAUUUUCUAAGAGCAUCACUUCCCUCUGCUGUUAUGUUAUUUUUGCUAUUUGCUAACACUGCUAACUAGUUAGCUACAUUGCGUCUAACAGCUGAUGUGAGAGCAGUGUUUUUAGUGUCGGACAGGAAGGGCAUGUGGAUAUCUGCAAGCAAAUCUUUGCUCAAAGACAAAUGAGGCAUCGAGGCACCUUGUUGUUGUUGUUGGCAAAAGUAAUUUGUCUGUUGGAAAUAUCUGGAAGUAGGUUAAGGUGUUUUUUUUGUGUGAGAAAACAUUUAAUGAGUCAGGGGAAGCUCAGUUUUCUCUUGGAUUGUAUUUUUGGGAAAGUGUGGGAAACUUUCGCAGCUGCAAUGCUCUCCUCUCUUCUCAUUUCCUCUGAAAAACUGUGGAUUAAAACUAUCAGCAGGCACAUGAUGUCAAAGAAGACAUGGGGCAGUUUUUAGGCUGACAAAUUUCAAAUCCAGUCGUGACAAAUAAUUGUUGAAACGGCUGCUUCUCGUCUGAAGCGGCUCGGUUCACUCUGGAGGUGAGGAAACACUGGUGAGCUGAGAUUAGGAAGGAGGAAAUUAACACUAGCUGUCGUUCAGAUGCUCGGUGAACCCACGUCAGUUUACCACUGUGACAGAUAACUGUCAGGAGGAGGGGGCGUGCUUAUUCUGAAUAUCUGCUGAGACAACGUGACUUCAGGGGACGGAAACGCCAAAAAUGCACCAUUGGGGGCACGAGUUCAGAGUUCAGUGUGGAGUUUUUGUUCAGAGUGGUGGCAGUGGGAUUUCUUUUGCAAACCGUUCAAACAGUGGCAUGUUUCUAGUUCUUUCUUCUAGAUAUGGUGCUAGACUUUGAAUCCUGGAAUCUGUUACUACAGCUCAUCUUUUACUGUAUGUAAAAAAAAAAAAAAAAUACUAGAAUUUUAUUUGCACUGUUACUGUUUUCUCAGACUCGGAGGGCAAAAGUUUGAUUCUCCCACCUGAAGUGAAAAAGGGAAUUGAUCCUUAAAGUGAGGAGAAGAGGAAAAAAGAUGCAAAUUCAGUGAAAGUUUUCCAGGAGAAAACAGCCAAUGACCCUUAAACACCAUCUCUGCAGACCCAGUCGCUGAAGUCUUUGUUUUUGUUGUUCUGCCUUGUGGGUGCCUGUUGAACACACUGUAGGAUGGACAUUUAGGCAUCACAUGACUUUCCAGAGUUGUCCAGCUUGUCAUGUUUUUGAUGGCUUGUUAUGGAUGCUAAUAUUAAUUUGUAUUUUUUGCUGUUGGUGCUCUUAUAGGGAUGCAGUGGUUUGGAUUUUGGCUUCUUUUUCUGUAUCAAUGAGGAUUUCUCAUUGAAAGAGCGCUUGUAAAAGUGAUGUAUACGGAAAGUGAGACAGUUGAAUAGACCUAGGAUAUUCUACUCACACUGAAGCGAUGAAGGUAAAUGAUGAGUGAGUUUUUUGGAAUGUAGUUUGCCAUGUUGGAGUGGGAAACAGACUUUGUUGGGAGUCCCGUCGGGGUUCUUGUGAACAGCGUUGAACCAAACAUCCUUUCAAAAUGUAAACAUUUAACACAGCGUGAACAGGCAGACGAGCAGGUGGGUUUACAGCAGGAGUGCGAUCAGGGAAGUCCCAAACUGUCGUGUAGAAUCCAUCCUCAGGGGUGAAGAUGUUCGGCGCCCGGUCUUCACCACAAGAGUUUUUCUUCGUUUGUUUUUCUGUCAGCAUGCUUAUUUGGUUUCUUCUAGUUCCAGUUUGCACACUUUGAUUUGUCCUGAGUAUUUUCUUUUUACAAAGAUUGACCAAAGCACACUGACUGCUUCACUCCUGUGCUCUUGGGACUAAUUUCACCCGACAGGAGGAGUUACAUUUAAAGCACAGAGCGAAGGAAAAUACGUCCUUUACUCACCUUGAGUCUACAGAGUUCAGAGUUGUGGUUCAGAAAGGAGACGCUAACACUAGCAGCCACACAAAUUCAGGCUUAACGGGACUUAAUGGAGCAGCAUUUCAGAUGACAGCUGGUUGUCGGGGCGCUGGUGGAACAUUUUGAUUCCUUCAGAGUGAAGUAGUAAGAUGCAGGGAGGAAACUUGUUGGUCAGAUUUAGUUGAAUUUAAGCUUUGGUUGGGAGGUCUGUCUACUGUAGCAGCCACUUUGGCAGAUAACCAACCAAGUCUUGGAUGUUUUACUGUAUUCUAAAGAUGUAAUCGGCUGAUAGAUAGAAGGAAUUAUUGGCAUGCAAGUAUUGAAAUGAGUGGAAAUGGCAGCCAAUCAUAAAACUAAUUAAGAAAUGUCAAAAGUGUGUUUUUUUUUUGGGACCGAACAGACUUGAAGUGAGUUUCCUCUCUGCUCCUCAGUCGUGUGCUAAGGGUAAUCUUUCAAAGUUGUCUCCUUAGAUGCAAAACGCCCUUAAAAAAAACACUGUACUAUACAAAAUAUAUGUGCUUGGGGGAAACACAAACCUACACGACGUGGGACCUCGCAUGUCUCGCCAAAGUCUUCCUGCAACAAGAAGCAUUCUGGGUAAUCCCACUAAGAGAAAACAGGAGCCCAUCUGGAGAAGGGAAAGCUUCAUUAAAACGCCUGUACUCGUGCUCAUAGCUGCUUUUGAUUUGGAUGCUAAAUCUUGAGUUUGCUAAGAAAUUAUAUAUUUUGGAUUUUUUUUUUUUUGUUUCUUUGAAGGACUGAGAUGCACUUGGAUGGGUCCAUUGUUAUUAUUAUUAUUUUUCCCUCAUUGGUGGAAAUGGUAAAAGAGAAAAUGCACCAUAUCCACUUAUUUAUAAACCAGUGCUGUUUAUUCCAUGAGAAAUAUCGUUAAGUUUUCUUUUUAGGGAGAAGAAAAACUAGAGACGCAUCGAGGUCUCUAUAUAUACGCAAAAUGUAAAAAAAAAAAAAUCCAUCCAGUGUUUGAGAAACUUGAAUUUUAUUUAAACUUGAAAAAUGACUUUGCCUUAACUUUUAUACAAGACAAGCAUAGAGUUUAUUUCUUUUCAAAAAAAAAUCCCCAGAAUGCUAACGAAGCGUGACAUGUGGAAAAUAUUCAGUCGUACCAGAAGUCUUACUGAGAGAGAGAGAGAGAGUACAAAUCUCGCAGCAUUUUCUUUCUUUUCCCUUUUUUGUUUUUGUAAAUUGUAUGAAAAAGAAUCAUUUGGAUUGUUUUUGUCUCUUGUUUAAUAGUUUCAGGUUGUUUUUUGGGGAAAAAUAUAAACCUUGUAAAUGCAAAACUAGUCAAUACUGUAUUAAAUUUGUGCACUUUGAAGUGUGUGCUUUGCUUGUACAGUUGUAAAUACUCAGAAAAAUAUAAGAGGUACCUUAAAAUGAUUAUAAAAAUAUAUUGAUCUUGUUCAACUAUUAAUGUCGCUAUCGAGCUGGAUGUAGGAUAUAAAAAAACUUAAUGUUGUGCUUUUGGAAAUAUUUUUCUUUAACUUUUUUAUGUUUAGUUUGGGUGCGUGGAUUUUGAUUUCCGCUCCACUCUGCAGCGUGCGGAGGUCGUCUCGAUUGUACAUUUUCUGUUUUUGUUUGUUGUCUUUCAUUCCAUUUUCCGUACCCGUGUGGUCGGUUGAUUUCUCCCCCCAGUUAAUCUUAUUAAUGAACCUUACAAAGCUGCGUGUCCACCAACAUCCUCUUGAAAGCUCUGGCUUCUCUUUCUUUUACUGUUAAAUGCUGGGAAUUAUUUUUUUUCCAGACAUCUUCGUCUCUUUUUCCCCUCCAGAUUGAAUGAUGAAGCUGUUUAGCAAAAAAAAAAAGCACUACAUGUCAGAUCCUUAGUUGUCACUGUGCAACAGCAGCAGCCAAUAAUGCAAAGUAUUUUUGACAUCUUUAAAUACCACUGUUGUAAUACCAAGAAAAUGAAUAGAUGUAACUUACAAGCUACAGUAAAAAAAAAAAAAAGAUUAAAAGAAUCAAUGUUGUCCAACAGAACUGUAAUAAUCUCAGGGGAAAGUAGCCCCUCACACUAAUACGCAACAUUGAUAUAUACCAUGAUGAUGACAUGUUCAUACAUAUGCAACUCAACAGUAUACAGUUAAACUGCAUAGUGUCCACAUGUGGUGGACGCCAUAACAAGACAAUAUCUAAUGUCAAACAAUGUAAAUAAGAAGACAAGGGAGAGCCGAAGUUCUGCCUCUUUCUAAGACCAACCUCAGCACGAUGGUGUAUUUUUCUCAUCAAGGGUUUCUUUUAUUGGUUUUCCUGCAAAGCUGAAACUUAAUUUGUGGUUUUCUGUCCAUAUUCAAAGAUGAAUGAGUAUCUUUUACUGUGCUGGAUGGUAAAAUUACAGAAUGUUGUCACUGAUCGACUACUUAAACAUUUUAGGAACUGUGCUCGUUUCUUUCUUAGAGCAGAUCAGUGGCGCUCUCAUGUCUGUACGGAGCUGGAGUCAGGAUGUGUUUAGCCUAGCUUAGCACAAAGACAGGAAACGGGGAACUGCCAGUCUGGCAUUCUUAAGUUUAAAAAUGCGUCUGCCAACAUGUCAUAAAGCUCAUUAACUCAAAUCCUGUUUGCUCAAUAUGGAUACAAACGUAGAUGUCAAAAUGGCAAUCUGUUACCAGUUGUUUCCCGGCUUUAUGCUAAGCUAGGCUAACCACAUCCCGACUCCAACUCUGCUAAAUGCACACAACUCAGCGUUGAGUUUUUGGUCUUCUCAUGUGACUCAUCUGAUAAGCGUUCUCACUAAAUGUUGAACAGUUUCUUUAACCAAAAUGCUAAUUCUGUUAGCGCGCACCAGCUCCCCUGAACAGGGCUGGAUGUCUUGUGAAUUUUAGAAACUGGUGCCUGAACCGUUUACCAAAACCAAAACCAUGUUUGAUUCAGCGCAUUCUAUUCACAGCCCUUUUUCUAAUUUAACGAAAGACGUUGAAGUUUAAAACACAUGCAGCCUUACAAGAACUCAAAUAAUGAACAGUUAGCAGAAGCUUGUUGUGAAUCAGACCAGAUGUUGUACGCCAGCUUUAGCUACUUCACAGUUUUUGAUGGUCUCUGUAACGACACGAUGGACGAUAGCAUUAAAAGGUUUUCGAGGUCGGACGGCCGUCCCUACUUGUGAGCUUUGUAGUUGCAGAAAGUUGGUGGACAUUUUGCCGUUAGCGCUGUCCUGUGCAGCAGAGGCCCUCACAGAUGCACCCGGGACCAGACCCGGGCCGAGUCCAGAUGAUGUUCGUGUCUAAUCUGUGCUGGUAUUCUCUCAAACACAAUUUGGAUCGGGUAGAAUUGUCCUUGUGGUUCUUGGGAUUGGGACUAAUUCCCGAAUGUGAGUUCAGGAAGGUUUUUCAGCAGGCCAGUGUGGAUCCACUGUACAGUAGCUGCUGCUCGUCUCUCUUAUGGACAGAAAAACGCAGAAACUUGUUAGUUUUUCAGACAAAGGGAUAAAAGAAAAAGUGGAUAAACUGCAACAACCCAAAGCUAGAGGAACAGAAGAGAGGCAGAACACUGGGCAGAACUUCUCUCUAUGGCCGUGACGUUUCGGCGCACUGGUGUUGGUAGGACCUUAGCUUUUGCUACGAGCUGCGCCUCCUCUAGCUGGCUGAAAAGAGCGAUGCCUGAUGGACACGUCCCAGUUUUGUGCGCUGUCUUCGGACAGGCCGCGCUUCAAGGAGAUCUGAUGUGUGACUCUCGUGGACAAUAUCGAAACGCGGCGCGGCGAAGCGCACUCGAAGCACAUUUCCGAACAUCCGCACCUUCAGCCUGUACAGCACACGGCACUCGAGGUGGGAGACUAUCGGCAGUCGCCUGCUGCCGGCAGAAAUAAAGCCGAGUGUCGGACUCGUCGGAGCGGCGGGUGGAGCUGAAGUUCCCCACCCGAGUGUCGCUGCAGGUACCAGGCGAGACGCCUCCUCAGCUAAAAGUCGUUGAAACUUGCUCAGUGUUGUUGUGUCUUCACCUUUUCUCCUUCUCAUUUCCCUGUUUGAGGUUUCUUGUUCAUGUCCUUCAGCUUUCAUGACUUCCUCUCCUGAGAAAUAAAUGUACAAAUGAUUUUCUUUUGGGUUUUUUCUUUUUUUUUUUUUUUUGGGGAGUUGGGGACAGAAGCAGAGGCUCAACUGGAAUCACAGCUCAGUUAGUUUAUUUCUUUUCAGGUGUGUUUCAGAGCGAGUUUUCUGGCACAUACAGUUCAUUUACAUGCGCAGGUUGAGAUGUCUGUUUGAACCGUGUGAUCACAUGUGGACUGCAUUUUGAUGUGGCAAAGACAACCAGUGACUGUGCCAUUAAACGACUGUGGUCUUGUCUCGACUGGGCGGUUUAACCUGUACAUAGCUGAGCGCAUGCCAUCUCGGGCUUUUACUUUUUUUUGUGUUUUAUUUUAAGAUGUGAUUUUCUUUGUUGCUGAAAGUCCCCGAAGGACUUGUCACAUCUGGAGAAAUCCACACCGCUGACCGUGGGAGCGGUUUUCGUGCGUCGUAACUUGCGGUCGAUCCCUGCCGAGGUCGAGGCACGUUUGACCUCGACCUUUCAGACGUAAAACACAGACGAUUACAAACUGGGCGUCCCUUAACUGUGAAUGUGUGCAUGUGUGAAAUAAAUAAAUGUGUGCCACCCAGAAAUCCAGACCAAUGCAAAGGUGACUCUUCCUCAAGCGCAAUGCCUCAGACUGGAUGGUACCGCUUUCGCAGGGAUCUGUCAUUUUGGCGGCAAGACGGCCGCAAGUUAUGCACGUCUCUCCUGAAUCAUCGGCGCUAACGCAAACGCUCGCGUUGUGGCGUUUUUGAGGAGCUCCUUUUUCUCGUGGACUUGGACACGGAGCGUCACACCUCAUAUCAGCCCGUCUGUCGCCUCAGCUCGCGGUCUCCUCCUUCCUGUUCGCCAGUUUUCACAGUGCCAUUUCUUUGUUUUGUUUUGUUUUUUCCUCAAGGGUUGCAUCUGGUCGGAAAAAUGGACUCCCUUCGACUUGUUUCUUCUUUUUAUUGUUAUUACUUUCAAAGAUAUAAUAACGAAUGCACACCGACUGACUGGAACAAAACUCGAUCUCUUUAUCAACUCACUGUGGUUUAACUCAUUAACACUCUGACCAUGCUACGCUAACAGCUGUGGACAAUCGAUGACUCCAUCCUGGUGGGGUCUGGACAGAUAAUUUUGCAUAACGACACCUUUAACAGAUGUAGAAUGGAGGUUGCGUUCAAGAGGGCUUCUUUUUUAGCAUUUGUUUUUGUCUUUUGUUUUGGGUCUAUUCUUCCAUCGAGACUGGAAUCAAGCGUACAUGUCGGCUUUAGGUAAUUUAAGUUACUCUGUGUCAUGAUGUAAAAUUGUCUAAUUUGGAGAAAAAAAUGUAGCUUACUGAAAAAUAAAGAUUUAGGCACUGUUGAGGA